CCAAGGUAAAUAUCAUUAACUGAAUCUAUAUGUGUAUAUAUAUAUAUAUAACCAAACGCUAGGUAAUCUUCAAGCUUGACAAAAUAAGAAAAAAGUUUAUUCAGCCCGACAAGUGCUCCUCAAAGGUAUCUGACAGAUAGGUUCUCGUUGUCACGUUUGCCACCCGAAGGUUCUAGCCAACUCCGCUUUGAACGAACAAGUGUUCAAAGAGGUUUUCCCAUAGGUCGGAAAAUAGCUUGAUAGUAAUGACUGCUACCUACGCCCAGUCUGGAACACGGCAACAUCUGCGAAAGGUGCAUUAAUCUUCGCAGGAAAACACUUUCUUUGGUGUGCACGCUUCUGUCCUACCUCUAGUAGGGUCCAACGGUAUUCAAUUUACCUUGCCACCGCUUGAUAUUUACCUUAUCUAUGGCCCUAAUUUUCCGUUUGAAUGAUAUUUUAUCGAGAAGAUCGCGUGGCGAAGCGUACGGAAAACGAACGGGCGGUUCCAUAAGGUCCACGAUGAGCGACGCUGGGGUGUCGGUGUGUUAGCUUAUAGUAGGCCACGGUUUUAGUCUUGACCUUGUCAGAAUGUCUACUAAUACGUAUCACAUUAUAUACGGGAAACAAAUGGGUCAAUAUGCAUUCGUCUGUACUUGUUUUUAAAGUUGAGCUUCCGGCACUUUAUGACACAUUUGUCAUAUGAUGUACUUUGUCCGAUACGCAUAGGGAACACUGAUAGUCACCUCAUACAAGGCUUAACGAAUUCUUGUUUGUAUAAAAAAAUAAAUGUUCUUGAACCUCCUAUAAUGUACUUUAUCUUGAUGUACAGUGGGUCAAUUUAGGUGUGCUUACCUAUUUUCGGUAGGUCGUCAACUUUUGCUAUGAUGACAAAAGAUGAGAACAAUAUGUUUAAUAUUAAAUGAACCGAAACAUUGAUACGAGUAAAACAAUCUUAACCGAUCAUAAUCUAUAAGAAUACCUUUUCGUUUCAAUGUCCCUCUCGGUAAUACUCCCUAUUUCUGGUAGUAAUAGAAGGUAUAUAGAAUAUAAUAGAUAACAGGGGCCGAACUGCCGCGGCUAGGAAUCCUCGCUACUUCUUAAUGUGCAGUCGAAUAUGAAUUUGCGUAAAAAAAUUGUUGUUUUCAUAUGUGUUUUGCCCCACGCUAACGCCGCUCUACGUACGAUCUGCAAUAAAGUUCUUCAUAUUGAGAUUAUUAGCAUUAGCUUUAUUAUUAUUGCAAAUCAUUGAGUGUAGGGAAUGUAAACUUAACAAUGGAAAUAUCUUCCGUGAUUAACUUAACCAGCUCAAGUAGGUUAGAAUCGAAUGAACUUGUUAGUUUCACACGCUCCAAAAUUAGGGGGGCGGAAAUUGCCGUCACAUAAAAUGUGCUAGUGAAGCGCUGCGGCAGCCACAGACCCGUUUAUGAUGCAGUCAACCACUGGGCAAAAUCGGGCCAAACGACGGCCGGCGGGUUCGAGCCGCUGGGUGUUCAGACUCACACGCCGGGAGAACGUCAUAGUUUUGGCAGGCUCAACCUCUCUCGACGGGCGCUUUAGCUGAUGACCCUCUAGAAACAAUGCACCGGUCAAAUGCUUUGUUUCAAUGAAUUAACAGCACUCUCCUCGAAGGUCUCAACAACUACAAGCAGCAACAGUGCUAUGUGACGUCGGCAACAAUAGCGACGUCAGCUAAAAAAGAACGAACCGGCUUAGGGGGAAUAUACCGUAAGCUCGUAGAUGUUAGUAAAUUUGUAUGUAAUAAUAAUGAAAAUUCUAGUUAUGUUUACACAGCGACGUUCAGCAAUAACGUGGCACUAAUUUAGUGAAAGAUCGUCGCGUGGGAAGCACACGCGGUCAAGUAUGCGUGUUACGCAUACCUGACCGCGUGAAGAGGCACCCUACCAGGUUCUGUUGAUAGCGCAAUGAUUUUCGCUUGGUAAUUGCUUCACCUUGCGUGCUAGCAUUAGCGAAACGGUAUUUUGCACAGUGUGCUAUUAUCUCACUCUAGAGUAGACUGAUGGUUUCUGUCUUUUACUACACAUGUGGCUAUUUGUUGAGCGUUAAUGUUUGUGCCCUCUCUCCGCGAUAUCAGCUAGCCACCAAACAGGACAUCACUUUCGACCUGAGACAGGGUCCUGCUUCAAACUGUGUUGCGCCGAGUGUCGAACUACGACUUGGUGUUCCAUUUUGUGAUUCGCUACGUCGGAGACGUCUAUUGGCGUUUCUAUUGACGAUUCUUUCGACGACGAUGUGUUCGUCAACUAGGGAUAUACGACACUAAUAGUAUUCAGUGUGUUACCGCAGAUCUUGGAUUUUCCAUAGGCCCGUGUAUUGCCGAUUGCGGUCAGAUUGAGGGAUAUGUCGGCUGAACUGGUGUGCAUGUGUGCUCAUACGUAGUUGUUUAUUACAUAUCAUAAUUUGAGGGGGGGGGGAGUGAAAAAAAACCCACGUCAGGUUGCAAAUAUAUUAUUAGGAAAACAAUGAGUUCCCGAAGCAAUCGUUACCAUUCGCCAGCGCGGUCGAAUUAUGGCAGUAAUUCGACGUACCUGACCCCACUGUCAUUGUGCGGACUGUCCCCUUCGUCGUACGGCGUCUCAACGGGAUAUUCUUCACGAUCACGUCUAUACAGUCCUUCAUCCUUCUACACGCCGAGUUUAUUGUCAAGUUCGAGCUACUCAGCUUCAUACAAAAGUCCCUACAGAGAUGUAAUAUGGUCGUCGUAUUAUACGAGUUCUCCCCGAACCAACUGGUACGAAGCGUAUAAACCGACAAUUCGACAACGACCAAGUUGUUUGUCAUCAAGACGAUCAAGCGCCAUUGAUACAUCACCACGUCAGUCAACGAAAACCGAUCAAAACGUAACUACGCAUGGCACAAUCAAUCGACAAAGGAAGACGGUAAAGUUUGUAGAGCCUAAACGAAAGGAUUCUGUACCGCUGGAUCUUGAGAAGAUUCGGAGGCUUAGCGAUGCUUUCUUCGACGAUCGAAACAAUGUCGAGACUGCCUGUGCACACUCCCCCGAAAGACUGCCUGUGACGAACGUGGAUAACGAGAAAGAAACCAAAAAGGGCGCUAGCAUAGGUGUCCCGGUAUGCGAUACCGAGGCAAAUAGACCCAAUGAAGAACGCCAGGAACGGCAGCCUCGAGCGAGGAGAAGGUCCCGAGAUACGUCAGGCCAAGACAAAAAAGCAAAGAGGGUGUCAAUGGAGAUCUCAGACAUUAUCAGCGAAGAGGAAGUUCAAAAGCUAAAAGCAAAAGAUAGUAUCACAUCAGUAGAACCGCUACCGCCGCCGCCUACGUUUAUUUCAGUGCAGCUGGCAGAUAACAAUUGUCAAAUCGUCAUGGAUUUUACCAAAGAUCUUGUUCAUGUCGAACAAGGAAAACCAUUUUCAACGACAGAGGUUGUCGUUGACAUACCCAGACGUACCAGCCCACCUGCUCGCACAGAAUCCGAAGUAGUCGUGCAAAAAGUAGGUGCUGUCGAGGUACCGAAACAGGAGAAGGUAUUUCCAGCGGAAGUGCAGCUAGAAAAGGACAUAAAACAACACGAACGACCUGAGUUUUUGGCAGAUAAUGGUUCUCUAUGCGAUACAGCGCACACAAAAAAUAAACAAGAAAUAUCACCGUCGCUAGAUGGGAUUUGUGUACUGGAGCCUCUUAGUUGUUGUACAGUAGAUGCAUCGAUAUCUAAUGUUUCGGCAUGUCCAACAUAUGGUCAAGUAACUGGGUCAGUUUCAGAUGGUCCGAGCAGUUCACAUCAAAUUGAAGCCUCGAAGGCAUCUGAUGUUCUAAAGUUUGCAGGGUCGAAUGUUAGUGAGCAACAGAAAAGUAAGUGUCAAGCAGCCGGCAAGGGUACUCCAGUUCAAUUAUUAGCUGAGAGCGAUGAUGCUAAGAAAAAGUUCAACCAAACAAAAGCUGUUGCUGAUGGUGGUUCAGGCAUUAAGAUCGAACAGAAGAAGGAUUCUAAGGUAGAUGCAGCAAAACCAUGCGCAGAACCGGCAAAGGAACAUUCGCCCGACCCUCUAGUGCAGAGUGAUAUAAAUUUGCAACAAAGUGCUAAGGCUGGUUCGAAGGAAAGACUUAACAACCACAAAAUUGCCGAUGAACAACAGCCUAAAAAAGAUAAGGUUCCAACCGUUCCCUUACGUUUUGGUCAAACGAAAAUCGACAGCGUAAAUGAAGCUCUCACAUUAAAUGAGGAGCUAACCCUGCAGCAGGAGGAAGUCGCACAUUCUCAGCAAGCUAAUAAGUCUAAAGCGACCACAACGCAUCAAUCGGUCUUGAAAGUAAUUGAAGCUACAGAUGCUGUACCGUCACAAAAAGUUAAGGCCGAGAAGUCGGACAAAUUCGAGCUGACUAAAACUGUUUAUCUCGUAAUGAAGGAAAACGCAAAACCACAAGGGACGAUCGCCAUAGAUACAUCUGGGAGAACUGAGAAGGUUAGCAAAAUUCUAAAGCAAGCGCCAAAAUUCAAAAACAACAACGAAACACAAGGUAUCCCGGCGGAGGUUGCAGAUGAUACGAAUGAAGAAAAAGAUUCUGGAGCAAAACGUGUCGAUCAGAGGACGAAUAUUAUACAAACUAGUCUCGGUAAACCAGAGGUAGCUGCCGAGCAGACGACAGCCUUUCCACAAAUAGAACCCAAUACGAGCCAUGGAAACGAUCAUAUAGGCCAAAGCAAUAUUGUUUUAGCAGAUCCACCUGAAACAACAAACAAGAUCCUAAUAAAGCAGAUCGGAAUCGAUAAAAGCUUGCAGAAAACCAAAAAGACCAAGACUCCCAAAGGCAUCGAAUCAACGACGAAAAUCAGCUGCUCAACCCAGGUUCAACCUCAACCGAGAAUCGACACUGAACCCAGAAAGGAGUGUGAGCAAACUAUAUCUGAGGCAAAAGCGCACCUUGAAAAGAAACCCAAGCAAGAGAAAGUACAAGAGGUAACAACUAAUAAAAAAGAGAACCGUGCGAAAGGUAAUCUGGACAAAGAUAAGGAUAAAAUCAAAGAACAGGAAGAAACCAAGGUCGAAAAUACGACGAAUGAUUUGGGAAAGAUUGCUGUCAUGACGGACAAGAAGCCAUUUGGGGUUACCAAAGAACACAAUAGCUAUGUUGAAACGGCAGCAGGUAAAGAGAAACUUAUCGAUACGGCAUCCGAUAAUAGAGCGGACCACAUCCGCAAGAAUGGCGAAAAAGAAACUGCAAAUACAAAGGUAAAGAACGGCAAAGGAUUUGUAGACGGAUACAAACGAAAACAUACCAAUGCUAAAGAGUUGGGUCAACAACUAUUAGAAGGAAAGGCCAAUACUGAGAACCAUAUAGAAGAAUCUAAAGAGGCUAAACCUAAUAAAAAUGAAAAGAGAGUCACCAAUCCAGAGUUGAAAUUCGCCGAAAAGAAUAAAAGCAAAAUAGAAAAUUGCAUUGCGGCGAGCAGGGCGAAAUCAGUGCUAACGGAGUUCGCAAAGAAGGACCAGGAAGAAAAGAAACUUACGGAUCAGUCAGAGCGAGGUAAAUCUGUUGAUGACUUAGGUCAACUACACGCGAAGGAAACACCUGACGAUAAUACACAAGAGAUGAUUGCUAGUAAAAUUAAAUCACAGAUAAAUGUCUCCGGAAAUAGGUGUACAAAUAGCACCGGCCAGAUUUCAAACACAUGUAGUAGACGAUUAACAGAACUUAAACUUAAGCAAGAAAAUUUGAACGAUCAGAAAAAGACAAAUAUAUCCGUUCAGACAACGGAAGUUCAGGCGCAGCAGAAAAAAGAGCUAACGAAAAUUGAUAAAAAACUUUCUAACGUCUCAGAGAAGCCGUCCGCGUCUUACAUCAAAACUAUCGCUGGACCAACAUCUGCCGGACAAGCUCACAAGGAAACCGAUACACCUACAAAACGCAAGCAGAAGCAGAAAGAAGAGCACCAAAAUCGAAAGCAUGCGGACGUGGUAAAUCAAAAACCUAGAGUAAAAACUGGAGCAUAUGAAACUGAGACAAAGCAUUCUGACGUCGGUACACGUGAGCAGCUCGAUGCUAACAAAGCCUCUAAAUUUAGUAAGCAAAAGGAGGCUUUGGAGUUACCUGAACAAGGACCAGUUGAGAAGAUCGCCGUUCUGAAAGGCCGAGAAAAAUUUGAACCUGGCAACAAAACAGAUGAGACAAUAAAACAAUCGACUGAUAAGAAAAUUUACGCACCAUUCCCGAUUGUUCUAGACGAGAAGAGGAAGAGACAGAAGAGCGCACAAGAUCAAAAGCAGGCCAACACUUUUACGACUGACAACGAAGAAACACUAAAAUUUUCCGAUAAAAAUAUCCAAGCCAAAAUACAGGCUAAAGCUGAGAUUCCUACUACAAUAGAAGUAAAUGAAGAUAAACGACACAAGGAAGAACGGGCACCACCGAAUAUGCCAGAAAAACCAUUCAUGAAAACAAAAGAUGAAAUAUUUAGGGAAAAAGAUUUAGAACGGAAAAUAGCGUUUAUUCAACAGUUAGAGAUCCAGCAUUCGGCUAGCUCGAUCUGUUUGUCAUCAACAGGUGGAACUGCGGGCAUAGUUGAGUCCAAGAGUAAGUGCUCGCUUGAAAUGCUGAGAAAACCACCGAACAAAUCUGAAGAAUUGGGCGAAACACGUGUGGUUGUUCCAGAGCAAAGAAUUACCAAAAAGCACAACGACGUAGAGGCAAAACGAGCUGAAGAGCAAGUAGCACGCGAGGAUUCUCAGCACCAUGUAAACAUAACGCAGGUGCUACCGGUGUCACAGGACAAUCCGAAGGCACGGAAAAACAUGCCGCCUCCCUCCUUAGAUCUCAGAACGGCGGAAGCUCCAUCAGAGGUGUUACAUAAUGAUAUAACCAUUGCCAAUAGAGCUGUUUAUCACGUAGUUGAAAAAAUUACUACUAGUGGUCAAAGCAGUCGCAAAGAGAUCAUGUAUCAGAAUGGCAUGAGCGAGCCGAUGAAAGCGCUAGACGAAAGUACGAUUGUAUCCAAACCACCAAAGUCGGGUUUCGUUAAAGAAGUUCCAAAUUCCCUUAAGCUUUCGACGUUGCAAGAGGAGCGACCAGCGUCAACAUCUGUGUCCGGCGAGCAGCAAACUAUGGUUGAAGCCCGACUUAUCACAGGUCACAAAAGCGAAAGAACGGUGCUUGAAUGUCGUGCCACUGACGAGAUCUGUCACUUAAGGACAACUGAACAACAGGCCCUCAUUCGAUUCAGAAAGUAUUCAUUGUUAGACUUCAACCUGCUUAAGGUGCUCGGUAAAGGAAGCUUUGGCAAGGUGUUUCUAGUUGAACUUCGGGAUGUUGCGAUUUACUUUGCGAUGAAGUGCCUGAAGAAGGAUGUCGUCCUCGAAGACGAUGAUGUUGAAUGCACUUUAAUCGAGCGGCAAGUUUUGUCAUUGGGCUCGCAUAAUCCGUUCGUGUGCAAGCUUUUUUGUACGUUCCAAACAGAUUCGCAUCUAUUUUUCGUCAUGGAGUUUCUACGAGGUGGCGAUCUAAUGUUCCAUGUACAAAACGAGGGCAGCUUCACCGAGGAAAGGGCGAGAUUUUACGGUGCUGAGAUCGUAUGUGCCCUUAAAUUCUUGCAUAGGCGUGGCAUUGUCUAUCGAGAUCUAAAAUUGGACAAUGUGUGCUUGGAUGGCGAUGGCCACAUUCGACUGAUCGACUUCGGGAUGUGUGUACUUCGCGUGUACCACUAUGAGCCAACGGCGUUCUGCGGAACCCCUGAGUACAUGGCUCCUGAGGUGAUUGAGGGAAGGCAGUAUAGUUACCCGGUGGAUUGGUGGUCGUUUGGUGUAGUGAUGUAUGAGAUGCUACGGGGCCGCUCUCCGUAUACGGGCUGUGAUGAGGAGGAGUUGUUUUGGAACGUUAUGAACACUGAAGUCGAGUAUCCCAAGUACUUCAGUAGAGAAGCUAAGAAUCUUAUUCAAAAUUUGCUGCAAAGGGAUCCCGAAAAUCGUUUAGGAACUCCGGAGUGUGGACGAGGAGAUAUCCGCGAUCACCCUUUUUUCGACGGAAUUAACUGGAGUCAAGUUGAGAGAAAACAACUUACGCCCCAUUUCAAACCGUUUAUUCAUGGAGCGAGUGAUGUUUCGAACUUUGACGAGGAUUUUACACGGGAACCAGCCGUUUUAACCCCUAUAGAAGACGAUGUAUUAGCCGCUAUGGAUCAGAACAUCUUUAAGGAAUUCAGCUACACGAAUCCUAACAUGACAUCAUAGAAGUGCAGAAUAGUCUUUGAUCUGACCGUCACUGAAUGAGGCACUACGGCUUGAUGUUUGGGUUGAAACAGAAACAGGACAAUAUGUGAAGUCAUUUUUAAUGUCCUAGUGAUGUACCACUAGAAACUUCGUGAAGCUUUGUAUGACGUGAUGGUAUUUGAAUUCAUAUUUGCUUAGAAUGUAUCGGCAAUCACGAACCGUACCAUAGCUUGCUUGGGUUCAUCAUUGAAAUAGUAGAAAAAAUAACCGCAUACUUAAUUGACUUAUUUUUUUUCCCGAACCUUGUUUUCAUUGGUAUCAGAGGUAACUUGAAAACAAAACCUUCGAUCCCUAUUUUACCCAACAGGCAUAUGCUUACUUAGGAAAAGCUACAAGACAACAAACAGUUUCCUACUGCGGCUGUUAAUCUUUGGGUGAGACUUAGUAUGAUACACGUGGUUAGGAAACGAUACUCGACCUGUGUUUAGGAUACCUAUACAAUUAUACCACAUUAGAGUACCCGAGUUCUGUGUUGUAUUCAAACGGCCGUUACAGAUCGUCAUAUAUCAAAUUAUAUUUCGAGUACGUACCGUGCCCCGUCAAUGGUUUUUUAUUGUAAAAAUUUGCUACUAUCGAACUGAUUUUUAGGCCCUUUGGGCGGCAUUUAUCGAACGUCGUAGUGUAGCGUCUCAAGCAUGAUGUAAAAACGGCUUAAAGCGGGGCGAUAUAUGGUAUCCCUCUGUGCAUUUUGGAGUAGACGGCGUCGGUAAUGUAAGUUCUCUUUAAUUAAUUUAACUUUUGCUACAAACUGAUUGUAUUUCGCAGAAAGUUUUUAUCGGAUCCGCUGUAAGUAACAUGUAAACUAUAUGCCGCGUCCGAUAUUUAGUAAGUAACUACAAAAAAACGGUAGAUUAGAUAUUCUAUUUAUAUUAGUUUUAUUAACUGAAAAUACCGCAUGUGUCAUACCCUUAAAGUUCAGUUGUAAUAACACAUUUUUAUUAUUAACGACUUUUCAUCAAUUUGAGUUUUUUUGUAAAUUCUUUCUUGUAUUUUUUCGCCUCUUAUUUCGUAUGUGGUCUUUAGGACAACACCAGAAGAGUUUUGAUGGUGAAAUGCGCAUACUUUAUUGUUUAUUUCAUUGUUCUUUAUGGCGUUAUUUUCCGGUAGUACUUAACGUUUUUCAAGAAGGUUCGAACCUGGAAUGGCGCCCGGAUAUUUGCCUUAGUUAUGUGCUUUAUUUGUUUGGUUGUCAAAGUACUUCGUUCAUUUGUUUCCAUAUAUAAAUCUGUGUUUCGACAGCUUUCACACAUUGAAAUCACCACUAAAUCACAUGUUUUUUUUUCCAGUUUAACCGUUUCCUUAAUCUGUCCUGGAUCGGUUAUAUCUUUCUUUUGAAUUCGACUCUCACACAACUCUCCAUUGUUCCUGUGCCUUCCUAUUUCUUUGCAGUGCUUAAUGCUCUUUCUUAAAAUUUUAUUUUAUCUUUUUUCGGUCGAUCGUGUGCUACUUUCUGUUGACUGCAGGUCUGCCUUGCACUAUUUGCUUGCGUUUAUGGGCGCACGUAUAGACGUUCGCGCCAUUCGACGUUAUGAAGGUGUUUUGUCUUCUGUCUGUCGUCUAUUUUGCUACAUAAUAGUUACUAAAGUGGUCCCUUUGAUUUCUUGGUUAUUAAUUGUCAUCCCUCAUGAAGAUUUUUCAAUACGUUGCUAUAGUGACGUUCUUUCGACCCAGCGGGAUGCAUUUCUUAUCCUCGGGUGUAUGCCUGUUACUCACAGGCAUAGCUUGGGCUCGUAGCAACUUCAUCUGUUUCUUUUUUUAACACUUGAUCGAGUUUAUGUUAUGUAAAAAUACCGAUAUCAGUUGUACCUAAGUAAUACUAAAUGCGAGUAUCAUUCACGGCGUGGAGCGGGCUCGAAAAACAUGGCCGACACUAGGGAAGAUUACGAAACGGAAAGGCAGUAACUACAAUUUGAAGCUUGAUCAAGGUCAGCCUAAUCAAAGUGGGUAAAGCCUAAAACGUAAGUUAGUCCUUCUCCGUAGUGUUUGGGAUGCCGAAAAACGAUAGACACAAUUCAAAUGUACGACUGCCUUACGGGUACUCGGAUGUGUCCUGCAAUGACAAUUGCUGUUAGCCGUCGACCAUUCGGUGAACGUUAUUAUUAUCCAGGAUGCAACUUUACGAGAAAUAUAGCCUUGCCCGUUGCUCACUGAGCUCGAUCAGAUAAUUAAAUAGUAACAAAGCGACAUAACAAAAACGAUCGCGUGUCUCAGUGGCUGCGGCGUUCAGACCGAGGUCUGCUGUAUAUAUGCUAAGGGAAGUCGAACAUUACACUAAAUAAUCCGUGCUGCUAGAUGAUCAGUGUUCACUGUGAUUCUUGUAUAUGUCUGAUAAUAGUCUGUAUGGAUAUAAAUAAAAUCUGUGCUUACUAAAUUAAUUACGAUUGAUCGCAGUGUUGAGUAUUUAUAACAUUGUUAUUAGCAGUGUGUGUAUUGCCCUAGUACUAUUCUUAUAACGCCAAUGUGUUUUUAUGCUUAUUUAUUAAUCUGCAGUAAAAAUAUCAGAAAAUGUUUCUGUUUUUUUUUUUUUUUUUCGUAGAUAUUUCUAACUCAGCGGGAUCUUUUCACGAGUUUACCGUUCGUAUAAUAUGAUGAUACCGCUUAAAGACAAGAGUCAACAAUAAUCACUGUACUUAAAGCUUCGGGUACUGAUAAAUCGCCUCUGUCCAGACUGUUACUAUUAUUGCCAUGGCUUACGUGCGAAGUUAUUACACACAGUCAAUCACUUUGAUCGGAAGGCGAUAGAAAUUACGCUGUUAUUCAGCCAGGUUGCCUUGCAAUCGGCCCGGGGUGGUCCUACAAUCAUUUUCACAAAACGUGCUUUCGUGACCUAGUUCUAGUUCGGCUAACCGAAUUCGCUGGGAGUACUUGUACCUAAUUAUAGCUCUAGUCAAAUGAAACCCACUCGACAUGUAUUCGGUACGCUGAUUAGGUUCAACCGCACGACUUUUCUGACUCAGUUUCGGAUUAUACGGCUAGUGAACGAAAAUCUCUGAUCAUUUAUAAAUAGCCAUAUUGGUUCCUACCUAUUGAUUCAAUAUUGUGGAGUUUAUGCUGCUGGUUACGUGUGUUGUCUACGUAAUCGUCGUCCAAAAACGUUUCUAUAUAUAUCUAUACAUAUAUCGAUUUAAUGGUCUCUUUUCUUGACGCUCUUUAUGAUAUAAUAAAAUCUAGAAAUAUUAAUAAAACAUUAAUCGUUAUAACAGCGCUGCUCUCCCAAUUUUAAUUUCGUUUUUAGCUCUUUCUCUGCUUUUCUUGUUUUCAAGUGACUAUAUAUAUAUGUAUGUAUAAACGCAGUAUGUUUGCAACAUCGUGGGUUUGGCUUUUCCUGUUUUUAAUCCUGUUUUUCUCAAACUCUUUUUAAGCUCUUAUGUUUAUGUGCUCAAACAUUUUUAAGCGUCGUUUCUUAUUUUUUAUUAGUAUUAAUCGAUUUGUCUAAUAUCGUUUGCUGCUGGCGCUUGUCAACGUCUUUUCUUUUCGAAACAAAUCCACGACGUUAGCCAUCUCCUCCAAAAAAGUUUUAUAAAAGAACUUUAAGUAGAGCACAUCAAGUGGCUACAUUAAGUGGCAGUGUUCAUUGGCCAGGGUAGCCGCGAAUCUUCUUUAAUACCCAAUGGUGAACAAUUAUUGGCCGGGUAUCGGGCUAAUAUGUACGGGUGUCACUGAAACGUUGGUCAGCAAUGGUAUCCACCUAUUUUUCCAUAUUUUUCAUGGGUCAAACCAACGAUUGUGAUUUGACCAUUUUUUUCAUUUCAUACGGCUAGUAAAGAGGUACCAAUUGAUACUUGGUGACACUUCACAGAACCUCACACCUUAGGUGCACCUAGGCUAUUAAUCAUUAGAUGAAAUAUAUAGAUAUAUAUAUAUAUAUAUAUAGAUAUAUAUAUAUCUACAUCAUUUUCGGACAGCCCGUGUAGGGACAGGCGGAUUCCUCAAGCUUACGUUAACAAGCGCUUUUCAAACACAUCUAUUACAGAAUGACUAGGAUUUGGUAGGUGAUUAAGAGAGGUCUCGGUUUCUUAAAGACCAUCUCUUUUAUUUUGUGCUCAUUCUGCUGCAAUGCUUGGUGUAACAACAGAUCUGCGCUUUACAAAGCCAAAUAGCAAGCAAUGUCUCAGGACAUAUUCCAAGUUCCUAGAAUGAUUCGGUGUAACUGACAACAAACAAAAAUCUUUUAAUGUCAAAAGUACAUAUGUGCGGUAUUUUUCAUAUUACAUAUGAGAAUUUUGUUUGUUUUUUUGUUAUAUCUUGUAAAACAUUACUCUUAUGUUAAAUGUAUCGGAAAAAAAUCUUAUCUGAUUGCCUUAGCCAGGCGUGUUGCCAGGUACAGUCUCCGUCCAGGCCGAUCUCAUGGAGUUUAGAUCCAUAAUAUGGUAACAACUCUAUUAUGUGAUAGAGUGAUGGCUUGUCAUGAUACAUUCAUGUGGACUUUCACACAAACCUUUCCCUAUAUAUAAUUUCACUUAGGCUCGAAUUAUAUAGCGGUAGUGAUGUCAUGUAAAAAUUAAAAAGCAGUGCAAAGGUCCUGUAGCCCGUUAGAAUAUUUUGUGUUCCUGUUUAUUGCUAUGCUGAUAUUGUGUGCUUAUCAGUCGUGUGCAUACCCGUCCAGGACGCGAGAAUUAGUUAUCUGUAGAAACGAAAGUUCCCUGUUGUACAAUUCAUUGAUAAACCCCCAGUAUAAUAAUUUAUUGCAAUGUAAUGAAUAGGGGUAAUCGGUGUAACCAAUUCAGUGGGUAUGGCAUUUCGCUUUUCCCAAUUACUCAAUGGCGUAGGUGUGGAUGAAGUAUGUCGUAGAACUACCCGCUGAAAAACACACAUCUCGUCACUGUUUGACUGCUCGCUUUUUCUCACGUAUUCUCUGUAAGCAGUAUGAGCAGCAAUUGCGGCAAACGGGACUGUUUUUUUUUUUUUUUGUUUAAU